AUGACUGUGGCGAGCAAUCACCUGCAAGAUGUUGAUUUAAGAACGUUGUUGACAUCGCUGAUAAUAAUUAUUAUUGGUUCUGUGUACGCUAUCAUUAAGCUACUUUCUCACACGCCAAGACCACCAGUCCCAGAAGAGCUCCAAUAUCAAACUGCUGACAUACAGGGAAACAUACUGAAGGGCAAAUUGCCCAAUGUUACUAGUGAUUUGAAAAACGGCAUUGAUGAUAUUCUUAUUUCAGUCGUUGUACCAAGUUAUAAUGAAACCAGCAGAAUUUUAGUAAUGCUCACUGAAGCUAUAAAAUAUUUGCAGAGUUCAGCGCAGAAUAAAUGGGAAAUUUUAAUUGUUGACGAUGGCUCCAAAGACGGAACUGCAGAGUUUUGUUUAGAACUUUCUCAUAAAGAAUUCAAACUGGAUGCAGGACAGUUGAGAGUACUUAAAUUUGUGGAAAAUAGAGGUAAAGGUGGUGCCGUAAGGCAUGGUUUAUUGCACGUUCGUGGUAAAUACGCUUUAUUUGCAGAUGCCGAUGGUGCAAGUAACUUCAGUGAUCUCGAAGCACUUUUAAAAUCCAUACGCGACGUUGAAAAGGGAUCAAAUGACGCCGCUGUUGCCAUUGGAUCUCGUGCGCAUAUGGUGAACACUGACGCGGUUGUGAAAAGAUCUUUCAUCAGAAACCUACUAAUGUAUGGUUUGCACACUCUUGUGUUUGUCUUUGGGAUUCGUUCAAUCAAGGAUACACAGUGCGGUUUCAAAGUUUUCAACAGGCAAGCCAUCAUUGAGAUCUUUCCUUUCUUGCAUACCGAAGGCUGGAUCUUUGAUGUGGAGAUCUUGAUGGUUGCGAUUAGAAAAUCAAUCCCAAUCAUAGAAGUACCAAUUUCUUGGCAUGAAGUUGAUGGCUCUAAGAUGGACCUCGCAAGAGACAGUAUCAACAUGGCAAAGGACUUGGUGGUCAUUAGAAUGGCAUAUAUUCUUGGAAUCUAUAAGGACAGUAUAGAGAGUGCUAGAUGGCACUAA